AUGAUGCUCUGUCGCUGCAUCUUUCUCGCGUUGGUGUCAAGCGCUUUCGUAUUGGAGAAUGUCGCUUUGGGUGCAUCCGACCUGCCCUUGGUCUUCUUCCACGGCGCAACAAUGACCUUCGAGGCUGGUAACAACUUUGAGGCUAACCUGACCGCAGAGGCCGCUCAGUGGAGGCGCUGUCGUUCUGUGGCGGCCCCGGAAGCUGUUCGAGAGGUGGUGGCGAACAACUCGGCAUUCGACGACGGCUACAUCUUCAUCGGUCACUCGCAAGGUGGACUUAUCGCCCGUGGCGUCAUUGAGGAGAUGGAUGAUUACAAAGUUAAGCGCUUCAUCAGCCUGGCCGGUCUUCAGAACGCUGCUACCGUGUUUAACUACGGUCCCGAGGACUACUACGGCAAGAUGCAGAAGGACUUCGUACUCUACUCGGUGGAGAACCCGGGGGUUCAGGGGCUGCACUCACACUUCAAUUGCGUAUACGACCAGCACUGCCGCAAAUCGAAUUUCCUGAAGGUGGAGCAGGCCCACUUCUUCGCAUCAUCGGCGGAUACGGUUAUCAAACCGUGGCAGAACUCGCUUUUCGGUCGCUACUCAGAGGUUGACACGAUCGAGGAAAUCCAGACGAAGUUUAUGAAUUUGACCAUGGUCGACAUGAAGGAUACGAUAGAGUACACUUCGGAUACAUUUGGACUCAGAACGAUGGACGAGCGUGGCGGGUUGUUCCUCCGAGAAAUCGCCAACGUUACCCACUUGUGCUGGGUUCUAGACGAGGGCAAUUGUGAGUGGGUGACCGUGUACGACCAGCACAUCUAUCCUGCGCUUGUGUGA